UCCCGGAAGCCGGCAGCCGCCCAGCCGCCAGACCGGUGGUUGCGACAGGGGAGUUGUAGAGGCGCUCGCUGGUGGCUCCCGGGCUUUGGGCCUGACCUGUAACGGCGGGAGAGGGAAAUGGCCUUGCUGUGCUACAACCGCGGCUGCGGCCAGCGCUUCGAUCCCGAGAGCAAUGCGGACGAUGCUUGCACAUACCACCCAGGUGUUCCAGUCUUUCAUGAUGCAUUAAAGGGUUGGUCUUGCUGUAAAAGAAGAACAACUGAUUUUUCUGACUUUUUAAGCAUCGCAGGCUGUACAAAAGGUAGGCAUAAUAGUGAGAAGCCGCCCGAGCCCGUCAAACCUGAAGUCAAGACUACUGAGAAGAAAGAACUAUCUGAAUUGAAGCCCAAAUUUCAGGAGCACAUCAUUCAAGCCCCUAAACCAGUAGAAGCAAUAAAAAGGCCCAGCCCAGAUGAACCAAUGACAAAUUUGGAGUUAAAAAUAUCUGCUUCCCUAAAACAAGCACUUGAUAAGCUUAAACUGUCAUCAGGGAAUGAAGAAAAUAAGAAAGAAGAUGACAGUGAUGAAAUUAAAAUUGGGACCCCAUGUAAAAAUGGAGGGUGUUCAAAGACAUACCAGGGUCCACAGAGUUUAGAAGAAGUCUGUGUAUAUCAUUCCGGAGUACCUAUUUUCCAUGAAGGGAUGAAAUACUGGAGCUGUUGUAGAAGAAAAACUUCGGAUUUUAACACAUUCUUAGCCCAAGAAGGCUGUACAACAGGGAAACACAUGUGGACUAAAAAGGAUGCUGGCAAAAAAGUUGUUGCAUGUAGACAUGACUGGCAUCAGACUGGGGGUGAAGUCACCAUUUCAGUAUAUGCUAAGAAUUCACUUCCAGAACUGAGUAAAGUAGUAGCAAAUAGUACCUUGUUGAAUGUGCACAUUGUAUUUGAAGGAGAGAAGGAAUUUCAUCAAAAUGUGAAAUUAUGGGGGGUGAUUGAUGUAAAGCGAAGUUAUGUAACUAUGACUGCAACAAAGAUUGAGAUCACCAUGAGAAAAGCUGAACCUAUGCAAUGGGCAAGCCUUGAACUGCCUGCAGCCAAAAAGCAAGAAAAACAAAAAGAAGAUCUAACAGAAUGAGUUUAGGGGCGGGGGGCCUGCAGGGGGGAGUUAUUGCCUAUUCCAGAGUUGUUAAUAUGUGGUGAAGUGGUGGCUUGCUGCUGUAAUCUUUCGUUUUGUUCUUGUUGAUGUCGUUGAAUGUGGCAUUUCAGGGUCAACAGUAGGUUCUUAAAAGCCAAAGUCAGUUUAUAUUUUUGUGCCUCCCUGAUUAUUCAUUUCUUCUCACUUAUAGAACUGUUAGUUAUGUCCUGUACUUGAAGGAGCUAGAAACUAGCUCAUACAGAGUUAGAGUAUUUUUUAGUAUAUUAUGUUAAGCUGAGAAAUAUAAAGGAACAUUUGUUUUGUUCACAUCUUUAUUAUCCCAUGAUUAGUAAAGUAAGAUGGAAUGUCAAAUUUUUAAUUAGUUUUUUCAUGAGUUUGUGUUCCUGUAGUACUUGAAAAGCUUUAAGAAAGAGAUGAAGCUCUGCAUUGUUCUUUCCACUAGAGACAGUUCGUUUUUCUAGGAGGGUUAAUUCAGAGGUGGUAUAGUAAGCAGUUAAAGGGGAAUAUAUGCAUUGAUUAACAAAUCAGAAUUUGUUUACAACUAAUUGAAUUAAAAAAUUAUGUCAGCACCUAUAUUACUUGCCAAGCAGUAUGAUUUAAGAGUAUAGGAAACAUAAAUAAAAGUAUAGAGGUAUCAGUUCGGUUAAAAUUCACCAUUUAAGACUAAGCGGUAAUGUUAAACAUCUCUUUCCUGAUUAUUUGUAGCUGCUUUGUAUGGUGUUAUGCCUAAAUUUAUAGUCAUAAAUUUAGGCUGAUUUAUAGCCUACAUCCUCUCAAAAUCUUUACUUAGUUAUAUAUACAGACAAAUUAUCUAUAUCUGGCCUCCAUGAUGGAAAACAGUAUCUAUAAAAUUGUAGACUUACGGAAAUACAUUAGGGUAUCAGAAAACUAAAUAUUAAAGCUUUGCUUUAUGACAACUAUUACAUGUUAGAUAAAUAAAAUAGCUUAAUUAUUUUGGAAAUUUUUUUUAGGCUUUCAUGAACAACUUCCCAAUUCUAGGUGAUACUGUGUUGAUAAUAUAUUGUCCUUUAUUAAAUGUGGGUAUCACAGAAUUAGAUUGUUUAUGCUGAUUGAACCCAUUUAAGGAUAGGUUACUUUUUGAGGCAGUGCAGAGCUCACAAAGAAAACUAAAAUUAGGAAAUGUUAUGAAGCCCAAACUGGCAGAACUUAAUAAGUUUGGGUAUGAAUUUAUAUAGAUUAAAAUUAUUAUUUCUCAAGUCCUUUGAGUCUUUUUCUUUUCUUGGUGUUAAUGGAAUUCUUAUAAAGAAUUUGCAGAAAUACAAUUUUAGUUAAUAAAGAAUUAGUAUAUCUCACUCUCCUACCCUUAGCAAAGAACUGUUAGAUGUAGGUAUGUAAUUAUUAAAUGGUUUAGCAAUAAAGAUGUAAAAACAUCUGGCAACCAGGCUUUCAUGACACUAAAAUUCUAUAGCAAGAAAUUUUUGGCAGUAAAUAUUGGGCCCAAAUAGUUUCUAGUACUUGGGGCUGUAUUUAAAUUUUUAAAAGUUAUGUUUCAUAAUUUGUGAACCUGGGUUCGCUUGGAGACCUGAAAUUUUGUUUAUUGUUUAGGGGAGAGGUUGAUUCCUGAUUUAAUUUGAGGUAACAGUUAAUGCUUUUUUGAUGUUUCCUUCUUGAGACUGUUUUCCCCUAAACAAUAUCUUAAUGUGUUAUGUGCGUUUGAACUAUUAUUUAAAGCAAGUGAAUUUGCAUCUGUUAGUUACAAAGCACUGACUUUUGUGUGUUUUUUUGUUUGUUUUUUGAAACAGCCUAUGUAUUUAGUCUGGUUAUAUUAGUGACCAUUCUAUUUCCUUACUUAUUCCUAUGAACCUCUGAAUUUGUUGCCCAGAUAAAAACCUAAAUAUCUUAUCUUAGACUCAUACAUAAAGGGACACAGAUAUAAUUAGGUAGAUCAUGUUUUACUUUAUCAGUCUGUCAAACAAAAAAUAAAAAAUGCUUGUUAACUUUAA